AUGUAAAAAAAAUUUAACUAAUUUGGUAUUGAGAGUAAGGAUAGUACAAUGAAUCUUUUUAGAGUCAGACCUUAAUAUCUAACUCAUGUAUCUCCUGUAGCUGUUGAAGCAGCACAUUCAAAUUUCUUUAGUGGAUCAAAAGAAUUAUUAGAUAAAAUACCUGAUCAUGAAAAAGGACCAAGGUAAGAUUCUAAAGGAAACAUUGUUAAAUAUACUGUUGUUGGAAGUGUUUAAUAAUUCUUAGCUGAAAAAUCAAGAAGCUAAUAAUAAAACAGAAAACCUGCAUAAAUAAGGGUUACUGCAAAUUCAUAAGCAACUCCUUCUACUUAAUAAUAAAAUGACCAAACAGAAAGAGUGAUUUUCAGUUCUAAAGGUAUUUUAUUAUCGUUUACGUAGCCAUAGAAUAAUCAAGCAAAGAUUUUUAAUCUAAAAAAAAUAAAGUUAAAACUAAAGACUUUUAAGAAUUAGUUUUAAAUGAAGAUUAAGUUUAAGAACAAAUUUAAUAAAUCUAAUAAAGAAUUGAAAAAAAUAAAAUAGAAGUAUGUAUCUAUUUAUAUAAAUUAAAUUAAGAACGAUAAAAAAACAAGAUAAUUAUAAAGUCGUAUGUCUAAAGGUGAAUCUUUAAAAAUGAGUAAAUGUGAAAGAGUUAUUGAAACAUUUGAUUAAGUAUAAUAAGAUUGGGAUUUAACUAAAAUAAAAAUAGAAUCUAAAAUAUAAAGAUUACCAGGUCAAUCUCUUUUAGAUAGAAUUGAAUAACAUAGAAUGAAAGAAGAAAUGAAAAGAGUAUUAGAUGCUUUAACUCCAAUAGAAGAAAAAUAAGGUAAUGAAUUUUGGGUAUAAAUAUAAUAUCAUAUACUAUUAGCGUCUCGGAUUAAGAAAAAAAGACUCGAAUAUUAAACCCAAGACUUUCGUAGAUUUAUUUGAAAAAAAUCAUUAGAUCUAUGGCAAUCCUAAAUCUCCACAAAUAGAAAUUGUUAGAAGAUCUUCUUUAAGUUAACUUGAUUUCAAACCUUUUAGUACUUUCACCUCUCAAUCUGCUUUAAAUAAAAAGCUUUCUGAAAACUCUGAUCUUAUUAUGAAAUUAAUACCAACAGUCCCUGAUGACAUUGGAAAUCUCGAAGUUGUUGGCAAAAAUGUGCUUGAAUAAGAAAUUAUUUAAUUAAGAUCUCAAUCUCAUAAAAAUUCGUUUCCUUAUGUAAGGUUUAGUAGCAAUUCUAAUUACGAAAAAUAUAUCAUGAAAAUUCCAACUAAACCAGAAACUUAAUAAAAUGAAGAAAUUAUAGAGGAAAAUUAUGAUAGAAAACGUCUUAUGUCUUAAGGAAAGCUUUCUGAAGUCAAAGGAUAUUUUUGA